CAAUAUGAAUAUUGUUGCAUUAUACAUAUCAUACUGCAUUUAUAUAAAUACCAACCCUAUGUAGCCAUUCAUUGCCAACCAAACCAAAUAACAUGGCAUCCUCUUCAUCUCAUGUCUUUCUUGGUGUUACUGAUGAAGUUAUCAACAAACCAGAUAUGGGAAUACCAGAAAGGUUUCUUAGACCAGAUAAACAACCUUCUAUUCUAUUAGAUCAAACCAAUCCUUCACAAACAAUUCCAGUAUUUGACUUUCAAUCUUUGCUAUCUGCUGAUAGUACUCAACUUCAUAACUUGUUCUCAGCAUGCAAAGAUUGGGGCUUCUUUCAGGUGGUGAAUCAUGGUGUUAGUUCUGAACUGCUUGAGAAGCUGAAAAUAGAGAUUGAGAAUUUUUUCAAGCUUCCUGUUGAAGAGAAAACAAAGUACAAAAUAAGACAAGGAGAUUUUCAAGGCUAUGGAGCUGUGAUUAGAUGUGAAGGUCAAAAGCUUGAUUGGGGUGAUAGAUUCUUCAUGAUAACAAAUCCUAUUGAAAGAAGAAAGCCUCAUCUUUUUCCUCAACUACCUUCAUCUCUAAGGGAUACUUUGGAGACAUAUAUCUCAGAAUUGAAGAAACUUGGCAUGAAACUUUUUGAAUUAAUGGGAAAAGCCAUUAAGAUGGAUUUGAAAGAAGUGGAAAAUAUGUUUGAUGAUGGAAAUCAGUCAGUAAGGAUGACAUACUAUCCGCCGUGUCCGCAACCGGAGCUCGUCGACGGGAUCAUCCCUCACUCGGACGGCUCCGGUAUAACCAUCCUUAACGAGGUUAACGGAGUUGGAGGUCUAGAGAUCAAGAAAGACGGAGUUUGGAUUCCGGUUAAGUUUCAUCCAGAUGCUUUUGUAGUUAAUAUUGGAGAUAUUAUGGAGAUUCUAAGCAAUGGGGUGUACUCAAGCAUAGAGCACAGAGUUACAGUGGACAAAGAAAAAGAGAGAUUUUCUAUUGCAAUGUUUUUCAACACCAAAUUUGAGGCAGAGAUUGGACCUGCCAAGAGUUUGAUAAGUACAGAAAACCCACCUUUGUUCAAAAGCAUGUUGAUGGAAGAAUACUCCAAAUAUUUUUUUUCAAGAAAUCUAGAUGGGAAGACAAACUUGGAGAGAAUGAGGAUUUAAAAUUAAAUGUAAAAGAUUAAGAGUUGACUUAUAUUAAUAAUUCAUUUGUGUCAGGUUGUUGUAUAAACAAUUUAGUAUACACAAAUUCUUUAUAUGUUGUUCCUGUGUGCCAGCCACAUGUUGUUUUCAGUUUCUAAGAUUUUAAGCCUUUUUUUUUCUUCCCUUUUGUUUCUUGGGAAUUUCUAAGAUAGGUUAUACUUUGUGUGAAUUCAGUAUG